UCCUCGUGUGUUUCCGGGUGGCACGAGGCUGCUCCGGUGCAUCUUCUUCUCCUCCUCCAGCAGCAGCAGCAGCCUUAGUGUUUUUAGCCUCCAACCUUCAUCUCCUCCUCAGCGCAACAGCCAGCGGAGACCCGGACGUGCACGCUGCUGACGGAUGUGCGACAGCUGAAAGUCAGAAGCCGGGGGCAUCAGGGCGGCCAAUUAUGGCGGCGUCCCUUCUUUCCGAGACUGACAUCAGGCACCGGUCCAUGGCGGAGGAGGAUCCGAACGGCAACGAGCACGGGGCGGCUGCCCGCAGCGCGGCACCUCGGUGGGGACCGCAACACGCCGGGGCUCGGCAGCUAGCCAGGCUCUACUCGCCUGGUAAACGGCUCCAGGAGUGGGUUUGUGUGAUUCUGUGCUUCUUCCUUUUCAUCAUCAACUUCUUCUUCCUUCUCUUCCACUUCUCUACUGUUCACAUCUACAAGAUCAUCCUUGGCAUUGUCCUUGGAAUCUUGACUGCAGACUUUGCUUCAGGAAUGGUGCACUGGGGAGCAGAUACCUGGGGAUCUGUGGACAUCCCAAUUAUUGGCAGGGCGUUUAUUCGUCCUUUCAGGGAGCACCACAUUGACCCAACUGCCAUCACUCGUCAUGACUUCAUUGAAACCAAUGGCGACAACUGCAUGAUCCCCAUCAUACCACUGGCUCACAUGGCCUGCAAGUUCCUUACAUACACACCAGAGGCCUUGGCGGCAUCCUAUCCUUGGGACUGCUAUGUCUUCGCCCUGGCGGUUUUUGUAACAUUGACCAAUCAGAUUCAUAAGUGGAGCCACUCCUACUUCGGCCUCCCAUGCUGGGUCACAUUACUCCAGGAUUGGCAUCUGGUGUUGCCACGGAAACACCACCGCAUCCAUCAUGUCUCACCACACGAGACGUACUACUGCAUUACAACAGGCUGGUGUAACUAUCCACUGGACCAGCUGGGCUUUUGGAGAUGGAUGGAGAGACUAAUCGAACGACUGACGGGGCAGAAACCAAGAUCUGAUGAUAUGGAGUGGGCCAAGAAAACUGACUGAUGAACACACAAGCGCGCACACACACAAGGGAGGAUGGAUGGAGUGACAAAUGGGUGUGCAGAUACAAAAUACAGAGAUGGAGAUGGACAGGACAACACACGCAUACACGCUUGUGACUCCAUGCUUCUUGCUUUUUCGUGUUAAAGGGCAAACUAGAAAGCUGACAAACAAAAGAGGUUUGCGUGUCUUUAUGUUAAUGUCUGUGGUGGAGUGUGUAGUUAUUAGAACUGUAAGAGAUGUAGGUGAUAAAACAGAAACACUUUAGACAGUAUAUUGUAACAGCCAGUCAGUUUGUGCAUUGCAGGCCUGUCUGGUGUGGAUGUGUAAGAGGUUUCUGGAGGUUGGGCUCUCCAGGAGUGACACCAUGCUGUUUGUCUGGUGCCAGCAACUUCUUGUACAACACACUCUCCAUUGCAAUCUUUUAAACUCAUUCACUCUGUGUCUCUUCAGAGUCCUUUGUGUGUCUGAUCAUUUUUAAAAAUACGACAGUUUCAUUUUUAUGCAACAGAAAUGUGAACACCUGCACAAAAAGUUAAAUGUUGAGACUUAAUAUGACCUUUGGUGAAGUUAAAUAUGACCUUUGGUGAAACAUAGAUGGUGUGAUACAGUAUGAUCCAUAAACAUUUGGACACUACCAUACUGCAGUUUGCCUUUGUGCACCAUCAUAUUGGAGUUGAAUAGGCACAAUCAAGAUGUGUUUGUAGUGCAUAUUUUAAGCUUUAAAUCAAGGGGAUUAACAAAAAUAUCACAGUAAAUACAAAAUACAGCCAUUUAUACACAGUCCCCCAUUUUUAGAGGUCGUGUAAUUUGACAAACUAAAUAUGAAGAUUGUUUUUUUUUAUACAACAAAUGAUUACUUUUACUGCCGUUUUUCUUUAGACACAUCAGGGGAGGAAUAAAUGAACAUCUCAGUCAAUUAAUGUCUUUGACUUAAUUUACCUCAUUUACUAAGAAAUACAAACAAUAUGGUACUAUAUGGUAAAUCUCUCCACAGUGAACCAUUCUCAGUAUACACACGAGGGAAGCUACCACGACCCCAUUAUAACUCCUUCAGAGUUAGUGUCUAUGGAUGUGGUUGUACAAAGUGUACACAUUAUAUCUUUUGUCUGUUCCAUUACCAGUCACAGCUUCAUGGUGGAGAGAGAGACAAAGCAUUUUCAUAUGAGGUCAUCAGUUCUAGGCUGGAGUCUCUCAUGUGUCUUCUGGUAAGUUGUAGCGGAGAUUUCACACAUCCUUUCAAGAAAAUCCUUCUCUGUGAAAGUCCAACUAUGAAGGUCUAAAACAGUGGGGUAGGAGUUGGACUCGCAUUAUGUAGAGUUGGGUUUGAUUCCUGGUCCUGUCUUUGUCCUUGAACAAGAUACUUAUUCUGCCUCGUCCCAGUAAACCCAGCUGUAAAUGGGUACCAGCCCUGGCUGGGAAAGUAACCUAGGGAGGGGUGGUUUUCUGUCCAGGGGGAGUUGUACCCUCUCCUUAAUUCCCUUCUACAGUAUCUGAGGAUAUCCACAGACAUGACUUGACUUGAAGUUUUCAGUCUACACUACAAGCACAUUUUGAUUGUCAUUUCAGUACUAAGGCAAUGAUGCAGAGCCAAAAUGACAGAAAUUGCAACUGUGGUCAAAGACUGAUCUGUAUUUAGUACGUAGGCUUUAGCCUGAACAUGGUCUGACUUAAAAAAAGAAAAAAACAAUCCACCUUUGAUAACACACGAGCAAGAGAACUUAACAUCACCAACAAAAUUUGAGUCCCAUCUUAAAAUAUGUUGUUGCUGUUUGUUGCAGCACUUCUCAUUCACCCUACACGUGCGGUAACAAACUGUUGAACUCUUCAUAUGCAAAUCUUUCACGUUGGGCUUUUUCUGUCGAAACAUAUAGGAGCUGCCCAGUGUUUUGUCUGCUCUAAAAGUGCUUAGAAUACUCUUAAAGCCACUGUUGGGAAGUUAAACAUUCUAUAUUACCUCAGAGUCCAGAUCAGAUCAGAAUAUUUGACAGAAACAUGAAGCAUUUAAUCUUUAUAUCAUUAUGCAGCCCGCCACACUUUCCUGUCUGUUCAUAACCUAUCGUGAGAAGCCGCCCGUUGUUGGAUAAAGCCGUCAUAUUUCCAUCUGUUCUUUAACACCUUUGAGCUGGAUGUACUUUAGCCCGUUUGACUGCAGAGAGGAACAUAUCAUUCAUAAAUGGAUCCAGCUUCUUCUCAUGUUCCGCAUCACCAGCAUUUUUAUUAAUGUCAGAACAGCCAAGUUAAAACAAACUGCUAUGUAUGUACCUUUUCUUUUUUUGUUUUUGUUGAAGCAUCUUCAGACAUUUUGAUUUAGUGCGUUGGCAACACCCAAGCCCUCUUGUAUUAAAAAAAAAAAAAAAAAAAAAAAAAAAAA